UGCGCCCUCAAACAGUGUGUGCGUAAUGGCUGCUUGAGUGAAAUUUAGAUGCUCCGUCUCUUAUGCUUUUAAUUUGACCAUAACAAGCGGAUAACGUCGAGACAUCGGUGCUAAAAAUGGUUUAUACUCAUCCAGAGACGCAACCAAAGACGAAAUCUAACAUCUUGAAGUGAUUAACCAACGUUUUAGGUUGAGGCCUGUUCAGUGCCCUGCUGGUCAUGGCGAUGAAGGCCCGUGUGGAGGCGGUUCUAAACGUGGGUCUGCGGAUCCCCAGCAUCAUGCUGCUAGAGGUGCUGUACCGCUGGGACGUCAGCUCCUUCUUCCAGAAAAUCCAGAGGAGCAGUCUCAGCAAUAACCCUCUCUUCCAGUACAAAUAUAUUGCCCUGUACCUGCAUUAUGUCGGCUACAUCCUCAGUCUGGUGUUGUUGACUUUACCCCGGCAGCAUCUGGUGCAGCUCUACCUCUAUGUGCUCACAGCUCUUCUGCUCUUCGCUGGACACCAGCUCUCCAGGGAUUAUGUACGUGGAGAGCUGGACUCUGGUUAUGAGGGACCACUUUACCUGGAGCCUCUGUCCAUGAACCGCUUUACCACAGCACUCAUUGGUCAGGUCGUGGUGUGUACGCUGUGUUCCUGCGUCAUGCAGACCAAACAGAUCUGGCUGUUUUCUGCACACCUGCUCCCCCUAGUGGCUAGACUGUGCCUCGUGCCCCUGGAGACCAUCGUCUUCAUCAACCGCUUCGCUAUGAUCUUCACCGGUCUGGAGGUGCUCUACUUCAUCGCCUCAAACCUGCUGGUGCCAUACAAUCUGGCCAAAACUGCCUACAGAGAGCUGGUGCAGGUGGUGGAGGUGUACGGUUUGCUGGCUCUGGGCAUGUCUCUGUGGAAUCAGCUGGUUCUGCCUGUUCUCUUCAUGUGCUUCUGGCUGGUGCUGUUUGCACUGCAGAUCUACACCUACUUCAGCACACGGGACCGGCCACCCUCCAGAGAGAGGCUGCUCUUCCUGUUCCUCACCAGUAUCGCCGAGUGCUGUAGUACUCCUUACUCUCUGCUGGGGCUGGUCUUCACUGUGUCUUUCGUGGCGCUGGGCGUCCUCACCCUCUGCAAGUUCUAUCUACAGGGAUAUAGAGCUUUCAUGAAUGACAACGCCGUGCACAGGGGAAUGACUGAGGGCAUCACUCUGCUGAUCUUGGCUGUUCAGACUGGGCUCAUUGAGCUGCAGGUCAUUCACAGAGCAUUCCUCCUCAGCAUCAUCCUCUUUGUCGUGGUGGCUUCCAUCCUGCAGUCCAUGCUGGAGAUCGCUGACCCUAUAGUUCUGGCACUGGGGGCCUCCAGAGACAAGAGUCUGUGGAAGCACUUCCGAGCAGUAAGUCUUUGUCUUUUCCUGCUGGUCUUCCCUGCUUACAUGGCUUACAUGAUCUGCCAGUUCUUCCGUAUGGACUUCUGGCUGCUCAUAAUCAUCUCCUCCAGCAUCCUCACAUCACUGCAGGUUCUUGGUACACUUCUGAUCUAUAUCCUCUUCAUGGUGGAAGAGAUUCGUAAGGCUCCUGUUGAGAACAUGGAUGAAGUCAUCUACUGUGUCAAUGGAACCUACCGGCUCCUGGAGUUCCUGGUGGCCGUCUGCGUGGUGGCCUAUGGUGUCUCAGAGACCCUGUUUGGAGAAUGGACUGUAAUGGGCUCCACCAUCAUCCUGGUUCACUCUUAUUAUAACGUGUGGCUAAGGGCCCAGCUGGGCUGGCAGAGCUUCCUGUUGCGCAGAGAUGCAGUUCACAAGAUCCAAAACAUGCCCACUGCUUCUGCAUUACAGCUCCAGCAACAUAAUGACAUCUGUUCUAUAUGCUUUCAGGAUAUGAAGUCUGCUGUCAUCACGCCAUGCGGCCACUUUUUCCACGCUGGCUGCUUGAAGAAGUGGCUGUACGUGCAAGAAACGUGUCCUCUGUGCCACGGCCAGCUCAAAAGCCAAUUACAGCCAACGAGCUCUUCAGGAGCUGCCAAUCAGAACCCAGCAGAGGUGGGACAGGAGGAGGGUGAGCCACAGGUUGAGCUGGACCCUGAGGAAGACACCCAAGCAAAAAACACUCCUCCCAUGCAAACCCCAGCCGAGCGAGAGCUUGGAACGGACUUGCCGUCGGGGAGCUCGAAAAUCCAGCCCAAAGAAUGUGAUCCAGCGGCAGAGAGCAGCACCAGCCCAGAAGCUGAUCUGAAUGAUGAUGGUGCCUGCAGCUCGUCAGAUGUCCAUUCCUCUUCAUGAGCAAAUGAUAACCCUCAACUCUUAUCAGCCUGUUAAGUGUCACCACAAACACUUCAUAUUGCUGAGGUUGAGGACUGCAUUAGGAGAUGAUAGGGAUGGUUUACCAUAAAAUAGAAGUUCUGUCAUCAUUUACUCACUCUAUUUUUGUGGAACACAAAAGAAGAUAUUUAGAAAGUUGUUCCAGCUGCUCUUUUCCAUAUAAUUAAAUGGAGUAAAAGGCUGUUUAAAUGGCAGCUUAUCCCAUCACAGAAUUAAAAAUACUGGCUACUAAUUAUGACAAUAUGGACUGCCUCACAAUUCUAAUAGGAAAAAAGUCAAAAUUGCAAAAUAUCAACUCAAUAUUUUUUCACCAUGGAAUAAAAAGUUUGUUUAAUAUUUCAUUUACAAGUAAUUUUUUUUUCCCUCUGUGAAUUCGAAGUUUACAUCUGAUAAUAGUUUUUUUUGUUCCUGUAAUUUUUUCCUUUUUAUCACAAUUAUGUAUUUAAAUCUCAGAGUUUAAUUUUGAGUAUAUAUUUCGCAAUUACAAGUUAACAUUCUGCAGUAAUGACUUUUUUUCUCUAAUUUUUAAGUUUACAUCUUGCAGUUUUUUUCAUUCACAGAUAAUAAAGGUAAUUGCAACUUUUUAUCUCGCAAUUUGGAGUUUAUAUUUUGCAAUUGCAAGUUAACUUUCCACGGUUAUUACUUUUUUUUUUAAUUCUGAGUUUACAUUUCACAUUUCUUUUUUUCGCCAUGGAAUAAAAAAUUUAAUUACAACCUUUUUCUUAACAGUUGUGUAUAUAUAUAUAUAUAUAUAUAUAUACAGUGAAAAUGUCUCCAUACAAUUCAAAAGAUCCUAAAGCUUUUUUUUUAUAGUCUGCUGACCUUCUUUUGUGUUCCACAAAAGAAAAUUGUACGAAUUUGAAAUAGCUUGAGUAAAGGAUGACUUCUGGAAUGAACUGUCCCUUUAUGCUGGUCACGAGUCUCUCAGCUCACUGAUGCAUUUCAUACGAUCUGUUCACAUUAUUGCUGGUCAAAAGACAUUUCCCAAAACUGCCAUACAGAGAUGAAUCAUAGUAACUACAAAUUAUGUUUGUGUUAACAUUGAGUUACUAGUGUAGCUAGUGUAACAACUCAAGCUUUUUCUCAGAUCGAGUGCUUGUGUAGGUACAGCGUUUCACCUUCGUGGGGCAUAGUAGCUUUUUAGUAAGCAUCCAUUUGACUGAAAAUGUACAUCAUCUCUGUGGAGGUAAUGGAUGAUUCUUGAUUCUUAUGCUAUAUUCUUUUGUAGAAGUUUGUGUGUGUGUGUGUGUGUGUGUGUGUGUGUGUAAAAAUGUGUUUUGGAAGCGCAUCCCAAAUGAGCCACUGUAAAAUCCAGACCCUGGCGAAGUCAAACUGAGGAAUGUUAUUUAAAGUGCCAUUGAGCCAGUCGAUCUGUUUUAUCACAGCGCGCCUCUUGUUAUUUACCCCAGUUUUAAAGGGAUAUCCAAGGCUGGGCGGCUUUUUUCAUCUUUAUAUUUGUCACUCUUUACCAUGUGUCAGAAUUAAUGUUAAACCAUCACUGCAGAAAAGCUUAAGCUGUCAGUUUGGCAGUUGGCUUGAUUCCUGGAAGCGAGCAUUUCCGAAGCGUAUUGCAGACUACAUAAACUAAACCUGUUUUCUGGUUUUAAAGAACGUUAGUGGGAAGACAAUACAUUUCUUUUUUGAUUAAUUUUCAUUUGAUGUUCUAUUAUGGCCAUCUUGCAUUUUCCCUCUUUGUAAAACUGGCCAGUUUCUGAUGUUUAGUGUUAAAUCUCAAAAUCAAGCCACGGGGGUUUUUUUUUUUUGAAUUCUUGAAAGGUUAGAGUUUCUCCUUAAUAUUGGCUGUUGACUAAUCAGUUUAUAUCAUCAACAGCACUUCAUUUAGUCUUUGCAGAAUUAUUUUGCCAUUAUUUUCUGUCAGGAGAACGCUCCUGUGUGUGCCGGAGAUGUCAUGCCAUACUAUGUUUGCACUAAUGUCAUUUAUAGCGAAUGAUAUUUUGUCUUGUUGAGAGCAGAUGAAGUAUAGCUCAUUAUAAAUGUGUACAUAUACGGGCAAAUAUAUUCCUCUGUAUAUUCUUUAUGGUGUUUUUGAUAUGCCACACAGUGUUAAAGCAGCAGUGAACAUUAUGAAGUGUCUUGAGGAACGUGUGAACACUCUCAGAAGUGGGAUUGAUCCUGAAGACACAGAUUUGUUUUGUUUUUGCUGUUUUUUAAAGAAAGAUGCAUUUCAGAAUGGCAAAUUUGUGUGCAUGAAUACUUCUGAUGUACGAGCAAACACAAAUGACGUUCGAAGCAUUCUGUAUCAAGUAGUUUUUGCACUAUUUUCUUCAAGGAAAAUAAAUGGAAAUGUAGAUAGAACAAA